AUGGUAUUUAAAUUAGGACUCGUCAUAAUGAUUAUCCUCGCAAGUAGUGUAGCGCACAAGGGAUAUUCGUAUGUGCGUCCAAACGAGCAACUAUUUUACAAUCGUGGAUACGGUUAUGAAGAUCUAUGUUAUCAGUGGUCGAAUAACGAUGGAAUCUCCGAUGUAACCGGGAAAAAUUUUCCGAUCUUCUACCGAAUUCCGUGGACACGAUUCAUAUGCGAACGGAAACAACCGGGCUAUUACGCCGACCCUGAGGCCGAUUGCCAAGCAUAUCACCUCUGCCAACGCGGCGGUCAUAAGGACUCGUUCCUUUGUCCGAACGGCACGUUAUUUAAUCAGGAGAGACUGGUCUGCACGUGGUGGUACACUGUGGAUUGCUCCCGCGCGCAAAGUUUCUACUCCAUUAACGAGGCGAUUGCAAAAGCAAUGAAGGAAGCUGAUAGACGUAUUAGAAUAGCUGCUGAAAAGAAGCAGUCUUGGAGUUAUCAGCGUGAAUUUAACGUUGAGAAUAGAUCCUGGAAUAAGAAUUGUCAGAGUGAACGACGAGGGUGGAACAAAGACAGCACUUUAAUUCAUCGUAAUCAAGAUUCGGAUUUCUCUAAGCAGUUUCCUUAUGAAGCACGCAUGACAUCUGCGCGUCCUAAGUUUAAAUCCUUGUUGAAUCUUCGUUACGGUAAUUCCCAUUUGCCGAAAUCAAAUUACAAAGUCAGUACCGAAUUUGGUAAGCAAGCGAUUUCGCAACACCAACCAACCGUUUUACCUGUCCGUAUGAUUUGUAAUUAA